CUUUUGGAUUGUCAUCUUGAUGCGGCUCACCAACCUUGCAUUUUCUUCUUUUUUCAAAUCAAGUGAGAAAGAAAAAAAGUCUUGAGGAGGUCGGCUCAUAAAAUUCAUUUCUUCCGACAGUUGUUGAUUGAAAGACAAACCAAGCAAGCAAGACCUUGUUUGAUUUGUUGGACAUUUGGCGUUGAAGAAGGAAAGGCAUCACAUCACACAUCACAGACACAAAGCAUCUUGUGUCUUUUUAGUUUCAUUUCUUUUUAGUUUCAUUUCGUAAAAGAGCCAAAAUGGGAAAGAAAGACGCCGAAGAAGAAGAGGUCAAGGCCGCCACUCCUUGGCACGCCAUGGAGUUGUCUGCGGUCUACAAGGAGUUGGGAAAGGACGAUGGACUUCCCAAGUCUGGUUUGACCACUGCCGAGGCGGAAGAUCGUCUCGCUCAGUACGGUGAAAACAAGCUUUCCGAAAAGCGCAAGGUCACUCUGUUGGAGAGGAUCUGGAAACAAGUCGCCAAUGUGUUGGUCGGAAUCCUGGUCUUUGUCGCUGUGGUUUCGGCCAUUCGUGCUGCCACUGCCACUGAUGGAGACACCAUUCUUACCAACUGGAUUCAAGUCGGUUUGAUUCUCUUUGUCAUUACUGUCAACACCGCCAUUGGAAUCAUCCAGGAAGGUUCUGCCGAAAAGGCUGCCGAAGCUCUCAAGAAUAUGCUUUCCAGUGAUGCCAUUGUCAUUCGCGACGGCAAGGAAACCAAGGUCCCUGCGAAUCUGUUGGUCCCCGGAGAUGUCGUCAUGCUCGGUUUGGGAGAUCGUGUCCCUGCUGAUUUGCGCAUGGCCACCGUGGGACAGCUCGCCACUGCCGAAGCUGCCUUGACCGGUGAAUCCGUCCCCAUUGACAAGCAAACUAGCGCCAUUGAAGUCGAAGGUGAUCCCAUGGCAACCCCUCUCGGUGACCGCAAAAAUAUGUGCUUUAGUGCUACUUUGGUCGCCCAAGGAUCCGGAAUUGGUAUCAUUAUUGCCACUGGAGACGAAACGGAAAUUGGUACCAUCAACAAACUGGUCAGUCAAGUCGAGGAACAAAAGACCAAUGUCUUGGAACAAAUUGAUACCGUCUCCACAUGGUUGGCCGUCUUUAUCUGCAUCACUGCCGUCGCCACCUUUUUCACCGCCUGGAAAUUGUCAGGUCAAGAUCCCAUCGAAGCCCUCUCCACUUCCUUGGUGUGCGCUGUCGCCAUGAUUCCUGAAGGAUUGGAAGCCAUUGUCACCAUGACAUACGCUUGGGCUGUGUCCAAUAUGGCCAAGAACAAUGCUAUUAUCCGUGCCCUCCCAGCUGUCGAGACUUUGGGUUCCGUGACUGUGAUUUGUUCAGACAAGACUGGAACUUUGACACAAAAUAUCAUGUCUGUCGUUGCCUUGGUCACCGCCGGAAAGCGAUACCGAAACAACGUCAAUGCUUCCGAUCGUACUCCCACUAAUUUUGUCCGCGACGAAACCUACAUGGCGGAGCGUGCUGCUCAUGCCAAGUUCAAGCGUGCCCGUGCCGUCAUUGCUGGAGGUCCAAGUCAAGCUGGACAAACUGGAAAGCGCGGAAAUACGUUCCCCUUUGGUGUCACUCAAGGAUUUGGUGCAACCGAGCACGGUGCUGGAACUGGAAACCCUACCGAUGAUCCGGAUUACGCCAAUGCUCCCGCUGACGCGCCCGCCGGUGGCGAAUCUCCUUCGGCAACGGAACUGCGUCAAGCUCUUUGUGGUGGUGUCUUGUGCUCCAAGUGUGUCUUGGGUGAAGGAGGUAGCCGUCAAGGAGAAAUUGGAAAUCCUACUGAAUUGUCCAUUCUCCGUGCCAGUUACUUUGGUGAUGUCAAUGUCGCUGAGAUGAAGGCUGCUGCUCCCAUUAUUGCUGAGGUUCCGUUCAGUUCCGAGUACAAGUUCAUGGCUACCGUGCACGAACCUUCUCUCGAAAAUGAUGGCGCUGAUAACAUGGAUGCUCUUGUGGUUCACGUCAAGGGAGCUCCUGACAGGAUGGUUGCCAUGUGCAAGUACCAAGCCAAAGAAGGAAAGCUUGAUAAGGCCAGCGAGGAACCCAUCCGAAGAGAAUUCUGGAUUGAACAGAUUGCUGUGCUCAGUUCCCAUGGUCUCCGUGUGCUUGCUCUUUGCCGUGGUAAAGUCCCCAAGGGCUCUGUGACCGAAGGACAACAGCUUGGAGCUGACUUUGUUCGCGAAAAGGGGGAGUGGCUUACUUUGGUUGGACUUUGCGCUAUCAUGGACCCCCCUCGUCCCGAGUGUGUCCAAGCUGUUUCUGAGGCAAAAUGUGCUGGAGUCCGUAUUUGUAUGAUUACUGGUGACCACAGGGACACUGCUUUGGCUAUUGGAGGACAACUUGGUUUGACCGAUGAAGAACACUCGGAGGCUAUCACUGGUCCUGAACUUGAUGCCAUGAGUGAUGAAGAAUUGAAGGUUGCCACCAAGAAGUACAAUGUCUUUGCUCGUGCCUCUCCUCAAAACAAGAUUCGUAUCGUCAAGGCCUUGCAAGAUCAAGGAGAUAUUUGCGGAAUGACUGGUGAUGGUGUCAACGACGCUCCAGCCCUCAAGGCCGCCAACAUGGGAGUUGCUAUGGGUAAAGAAGGAACUGAUGUCGCUCGUGAGGCUUCUGAUAUGAUUUUGGCGGAUGAUAACUUUGCCACAAUCAUUACUGCUGUUCGCGAGGGUCGUGUGGUGUGGGAUGAUCUGCGAAAGGUGCUUCUUGUCAACACUCCCAUCAAUAAUGCUCAAGGAAUGUCUGUCCUGUUCGGCAUGCUCUGUGGUCUUAAAGACACUCCCCUUUCCUCUAUCCAAGUGCUCUACUGUAACUUGAUCUGUGCAGUGACUCUUGGAUUUGUCACUGCUGUCGAGCCUGCUGAAGACGGAAUCAUGAACUUGCCUCCCCGUCGCCUUGGAAAGAGGUUGAUUGGACGCUUCUUGUUCCUUCGCAUUGUUUUGGGAACUGUUACGCUUGUCGCUACUACCGUCGGCUCUGUGUUCAUCCUCAAGGAUUUCAAGAAUCCAGAUGGAAGUGAGGAGUACGAGUUGCCAAGACAACGAGCUCAGGCUUUGAAUACUCUCUCCUUCGGUGCCAUGUCCAUCACCCUCAGCGCCCGAUUUGCCUACAACAGCUCCUUGCAUCCUCGUAUCUUGACCGGAAAUCCGAUCUGUUGGUGGUCUAUCGGCAUCAUGGCAGCCCUCCAGGUCUUCAUCACCUACACUCCUGGACUCAACAUGACUAUUUUCAGUAUGGAAGGAAUGGAUGGUAUCCAGUGGGCUAUUGUCGUUGGUUUCAUGGUCCUUGUCUUGUUUGUCAUGGAAGCUGAGAAGUCUCUCCGACGUUACCUUGCCAGUUUGGGUGAAGAUACUGAUGACCGUGAAUACGGUUACUUUGACGAGGCUCCUGGUGAGCCCGAAGAGCGCGAGCUCCCUGCUGAAGUUCAAAACUUUGGACAUGACGAACUCCGAAAGUAGAUUUGUUGUCAGUAUCAUCAAGAUGUGGCAGUUAUCAAUUUUUCUGCUGCUUCCCGCCAUAUCUACUGGCGCCUAUGUGUUUCUAUGCUACUGUUGACCAAGUGAAGAGUUGUUCCUUGGGUCCAUUUAAUUUUCUUAUAACGAAAUCGUUUUUGACACUUCAGGGGACCAGUUUGUUGCUGAUCUAGCUUGCUAGAAGCACUCUUCGAGUAAACUGUCUGUUCCGAAUACAUAGAGUUCAUGUCGUCGACGAACGAACAGCUCCUUCAGUUGCUGCUGCGCAGGAAUGGUUGCUACCUGGUAGCAUUGCUUUAUCCCCCCGAGCCCCAAAGAUGCAAAUGCCUUUGGCUGCUGGCGAGUGAUAGCUUCUCGCUUCAGCAUUGACCACGCUGUCUCAUUGCUAUGGGGGGGUAAAAUGUUGUGAGCGCUGCGUUGUCAUAAGGUGCACGUUGCUUCGAGGGCUGCAAGCACAGUAGUAGUAGCUGCUGUCCAAUGCCACCAGCUAGUUACUGGGCUUGUCGCUAAGAAGACAGGCAAGGCAGCAAAGCACCGCGCAAGGCAAGCACAAAGAUCAGCCCACUUUUGCCGUGGCAUCACUCAUAUCAUUCCUUACCCUUCCUGAAGCAAUUUUUGUACGCUGACUUCCGUCUUCAAUCGUUGUGGUUUUCUUUGUGCUGCCCACGAGCGCAAGAACGAUUCAAUCAGCCAGCCUGUUGUAAGUUGCCCACCAUGGCUACGGCUGAGCCAACAAGGAACUUGACCAGCGCCAGAAUGCUGUCUAGUAGAGAUAAGACGACGAAAACUCUGCAUACAUUAUAAUACAUGCUGCUACAGACGAUUGGGUA